UGGAUUAUGACUUAAAGUCAAUUGAGAGAAUUUAUUAACAUCAAAGAAAGCAUAGUACUAUGCAAUUUGAAUGCUUCUCUUCUUCCUUCAAGUUUCGUUGCGCGUCACGUCAAUUUUCGAACAAACAAACGGUUGCUGCUCUAUUUUCUAGCUUUUCUAUUUUUAUCAAUGGACACUGUCGCUCGACGAAUGAAAGUAGCAAGAGAAGGAGAAGCAAUGCCGCGAGGUAUUGGAGGGGGAGUACUGGUAAAUAAGUAACCAGGGAACGCGCAAUAGCGGGAUUAGUUCACGGGACAAUCGGAUCGAGGAUCGAGGAUCGAGGAUCGCCCUCUUUCGCGUUCACGUUAUGUCUUUCGGCUAAAGUCUCUGGCACGAUGAUUUUAAUACCGUAAAAUUGAUGAUACGGUGUAAUAUUGAAAUAAUUAAACGGUAUCUAGUGAAUGAUUUAAUAAAAUGGAUAUCGUCGCAUUCGGAUUCACGUUUUUAACAGUUUUCAUGAGUGUUGGGGGUGCAGCAGGAACAUGUGACCACGUGAGAAACGAGGAUAUGUUAGAGUACUCUUGCGUCGGAGGAGAUCCUACGGAUUUAUAUUCGAUACCAACGGAAGUAGAGAAAAUACGUAUCAGUAAGAUGAAAAUACCGAUUAUAACCACGGAUAUGUUUUCACGAUUCGGCUCGAAUCUUUGGGUCUUGGCUUGUUCUCAUUGUGACAUAUCGGAUAUCGAACCGACCGCUUUUCAAUCCUUAAUAAAUCUUCAACAAUUGAGUUUGGACGAUAAUCAUCUAACCACUGUCAAAGGAGCUUGGUUCAAAGGAUUGGAUUAUCUGACUUAUUUGGAUCUAAAUUACAAUAAAAUAACGACGAUCGAAGACGAGGUGUAUGAGAAUCUACCGAAUGUCGUUGACUUUCGAUUAUCCGGCAAUCGGUUCGAGUGUUUGAACAGACAAGCUAUGGAAAAUUUGAAGGCGUUAAAAAGAAUAUAUCUCAGUGAAAAUGACGAAUUUAAGUGUCCGAACGCUAUCAGUAAGUUUCUCAACGAUCGUGGCAUUAGUUUUAAUAAAGAUCCAAGAUGGAAGGAUAUCGAUGAAGUCUCGGACGACGAUAGUAUGACCGUAGAUCGUACGGAAACUUCUAUCGACUAUUGGCCAUCGACGUCGGAUUAUCGAAACAAGAUUUAUUUUCCUUCGGUUGUCGUGACUACCGAAGACACGAGAUCGCCUGAGCGUACAUCGAUAUCCGAAAGGAUACGUUAUCCAUUGUAUGCACCGGUGAGCGUAACCACGUCCGAUUACAAUGAUAAAAUAUCGCAAUUCUCAUCGGUCGAUUCUUCUUCGUUCGUCACAACAACGAAUAAACCGGAAGUACCACGACAUUACUCAACAAUCGUUGAUCCUUAUCGUUCUUACAUGACAACUACAACUACGACUCAACAACCUUCUAGAUAUCCAUCAACGCAACCUUGGCCAAUUGUCAGAAAAGACGAAACAACAAUCAUGGACAAUGAAUAUCACGAAUCAUUCGACUACUCCGACGAAGUAACUGGGUCGUCCUCUUUGGCUUCAAGCCCGACAAAUCGAGGAGCUUUGCCUCCUAUCUCAGAUCCAAAACAUAUUUUAUCAACGCAACCACCUGAAGUUUAUUAUACGCCGAACGAGAUACUAAUCGAACCGAAUUAUCCGCUUCCUAAUCCAAUCUCUGAUCCGCAAAUCGAGAAAAACGAUAUGGAAACUAUUCAAAUGGAGGAUGAACGUUAUACGAUGAGACCUUACGUACGACCACCGAUAAUACCUGAAAUCGUUCAACCUGCCGCACCUAAUGAUUUUCUUCAAGUUCCAUAUUACCAACCCACUGUUACCAUAAGACGGCCAUUAUCACCGCCCGUGAAUUACGAACAACAACAACAAUCAACUGCAGUUGUAGAAACUACUACGGACAAGCCAUUUCCCGAGUGUCCAAGUUCAUCGUUUUCGAUCAAAUUGACAACUACUACCCUUUUCUUUUUUAUUUUUCUUUUAAAUGUCAUCGUGCAGAGAUUUUAGCUGAAGGACAUUUUUCUGGGCCAAAGAAGCCAUGGAGGCCGAACGAUUGAACAAAAUGCAAAAAAUCGAAGACGAAGAAAACGCAGCUGCUAAUGAUCUCGCAUUGGCGAUUCAAAAUCGUAACAGAGAACGGGCCGAUCAAGCUAAUAAUUUCUUCGAUUCUUU